CUACUCCCCACGCCCACCGUCCUCCGAUUGCCGCCCUUUUCCCUCCUCGUUUUGUUCGAUUCCCCCGGGUGAUACCAGACUUAAAAAUGGCCAAGGACAAGGUUGAGAAGAAGGACAAGCGCGAGAAGAAGGAAAAGCGCUCGGAGAAGGAGGGUGUCCACAAAAGCAAGAAGGACAAGAAGGAGAAGAAGGAUAAGACCGCUCUCGCCGAUGCGGUUGAGCAAGAGCUUACGACUAAGGUUUUGGAUGGAAUUGACAAUGCUGUCGCUGUGGAAGCCACUGCCGAUGUCGAGACUGAGGUGAUGGAUGUCGAUGUCCGCCCUGUUGGCGCCCUCGUGCCAUUUGCCCAGCCUCUGGUGGAAGACAAGUCGGCAAAGAAGGUGUUGAAGAGUGUGAAGAAGGCUGCCGUGAACAAGUGCCUCAAGCGCGGUGUGAAGGAAGUUGUCAAGGCUCUCCGGAAAUCUCCCGUUCCCGCACCUAACGCCCCGACCGGCACUCCCAAUGGAGUUGUGGUCCUUGCUGCCGACAUCUCCCCAAUGGAUGUCCUUUCGCAUAUUCCCGUCCUCUGUGAGGACCAUGGCAUUCCCUACGUUUUCGUCACAUCUCGAGCUGAGCUCGGUAACUCUGCCGCAACAAAGCGUCCCACCAGUGUCACCAUGGUUGUUCCCAAGUCGGCCGCAAAGGGAAAGAAGAGUGAAUCAGCAGAUGAUGAGGACUUUAGCAGUGUGUACGAUGAGCUGGUCAAGCUCGUUCAGAAGGAGGCCAAGAAGGUUAACCUUUAAAAUCUGAGCGACUUUGACCUUCGUUAUGUGUUUUUGUUAUUCUAAUUAUAAGGCUUCUUUAUCUGUUCUUGUCGCUUGCUAUGGCUGUACAGUUCCACUUUGAUGUCUGACAAGACAGUGCAUGUCUUCGGGGUCUGGCCUUUGGGACGUGUUCAUUGGGUUGAUCUUUUAUGAUGUGUCCGUUGCAAAUCUGGCGUUCUCAAAUCGGUGUACGAAAAAAGGCAGGAAAUCUGGAAAUAGAAAUUUUUCUAUUCAA